AUUACUUUCCUUCGGCUUCCGUUCUUGGUCCAUGUGAGAGAAGCGGGUUGCUGAGAUGACUGCGAACCGGCUUACGGAGAGCCUUCUGGCUUUGAGCCAACAGGAAGAACUAGUGGAUUUGCCAAAAGACUACCUCUUGAGUGAGAGUGAAGAUGAGGGGGACGGUGAUGGAGAGAGAAAGCAUCAGAAGCUUCUGGAAGCAAUCAGUUCCCUUGAUGGAAAGAAUAGGCGGAAAUUGGCUGAGAGGUCGGAGGCUAGUCUGAAGGUAUCAGAGUUCAAUGUCAGUUCUGAAGGAUCAGGAGAAAAGCUGGUCCUUGCAGAUCUGCUUGAGCCUGUUAAAACUUCAUCUUCUUUGGCUUCUGUGAAAAAGCAACUGAAUAGAGUCAAAUCAAAGAAGACCGUGGAGUUACCUCUUAACAAAGAAGAGAUUGAACGGAUCCACAGAGAAGUAGCAUUCAAUAAAACCUCACAAGUCCUCUCCAAAUGGGACCCUAUUGUCCUAAAGAACCGACAGGCAGAGCAGCUGGUUUUUCCCCUGGAGAAGGAGGAGCCAAUCAUUGCUCCCAUUGAACAUGUGCUCAGUAGCUGGAAGGCAAGAACUCCCCUGGAGCAAGAAAUUUUCAACCUCCUCCGUAAGAACAAGCAGCCAGUGACAGACCCUUUACUAACUCCCGUAGAAAAGGCCUCUCUCCAAGCCAUGAGCCUGGAAGAGGCAAAGGUGCGCCGAGCAGAGCUUCAGAGGGCCCGGGCUCUGCAGUCCUACUAUGAGGCCAAAGCUCGAAGAGAGAAGAAAAUUAAAAGUAAAAAGUAUCACAAAGUCGUGAAGAAAGGAAAGGCCAAGAAAGCCCUAAAAGAGUUUGAGCAGCUGCGGAAGGUUAAUCCAGCUGCAGCAUUGGAAGAACUGGAAAAAAUUGAAAAGGCCAGAAUGAUGGAAAGAAUGAGCCUUAAGCACCAAAACAGUGGGAAAUGGGCCAAAUCAAAGGCAAUUAUGGCCAAAUAUGACCUGGAGGCUCGCCAAGCUAUGCAGGAACAGUUGGCCAAGAACAAAGAACUGACACAGAAACUCAAGGUAGCCUCUGAGAGUGAGGAGGAGGAGGGAGGCGCAGAAGUGGAAGAACUCUUUGUCCCUGAUGCAGUGAAUGAAGUGCAGAUGAAUGUGGACGGACCAAAUCCCUGGAUGCUCAGGAGCUGCACCAGUGACACCAAAGAGGCUGCAACCGAGGAGGAGGACCCUGAGCAGCUGCCAGAGCCUGUGGCGCACGAAGUUUCUGAAAGUGAGGGAGAAGAAAGACCAGUGGCAGAAGAAGACAUUUUGUUGAGAGAAUUUGAGGAAAGGCGAUCCCUUAGACAAAGAUCUGAGCUCAACCAGGAUGCUGAGCCAGCAGACAGUCAAGAAACAAAAGAUUCUAGUAGCCAGGAGGUGCUGUCCGAAUUGAGGGCACUGUCGCAGAAAUUGAAGGAAGACCAUCAAUCCAGGAAGCAAAAAGCAAGUUCAGAGGCGACUGUUCCCCAGGUCCAGAGAGAGGAACCUGCCCCAGAAGAAGAGGAGCCCCUGUUGCUACAGAGGCCGGAAAGAGUACAGAUGCUGGAAGAGCUAGAAAAAGAAGAAUGUUUUCAAAAUAAGGAGCUUUCCAGACCUGUGUUAGAAGGGCAUUGGUCAGAGAAGACCCCAAAUAAUCACCCUGAUGCCCCUAAGGAGAAGAAAAAGAAGGAGCAAAUGAUUGACCUACAGAACCUCCUAACCACACAGUCUCUCUCGGUGAAGUCUUUGGCAGUGCCCACAAUAGAGAUGCUGGAAGAUGAAGUGGAGAGAAACCAAAGGCAGAUGAUAAAGGAAGCUUUCGCUGGGGAUGAUGUCAUCAGAGAUUUCUUGAAAGAGAAGAGGGAAGCUGUGGAGGCCAGUAAGCCAAAGGACGUAGACCUGACACUACCUGGCUGGGGCGAGUGGGGUGGUGUGGGCCUAAAGCCCAGUGCCAAGAAAAGACGCCGGUUUCUCAUUAAAGCCCCUGAGGGUCCUCCAAGAAAAGAUAAGAAUUUGCCAAAUGUGAUUAUCAAUGAGAAGCGCAACAUCCACGCAGCGGCUCAUCAGGUACGAGUGCUUCCAUAUCCAUUUACCCACCAUCGGCAAUUUGAAAGGACCAUCCAGACCCCUAUAGGAUCCACGUGGAACACCCAGAGAGCUUUCCAAAAGCUGACUACUCCUAAGGUCAUCACCAAGCCAGGCCAUAUCAUUAAGCCCAUAAAAGCAGAGGAUGUGGGCUACCGGUCUUCCUCAAGGUCGGACCUCUCUGUCAUACAGAGGAAUCCAAAACGGGUCACCACGCGUCACAAAAAACAGCUGAAGAAAAACUCUGUAGAUUGAGUUGCUGGAGGAGUGACAGCCAGGAGCCCUGACUCCACUCACUUUGGUCCAGUUUUACUCUGCUACAAGGUGGGUUCCAAAACUGGCUCAGCACCUUGCAAGUAGUUGAGCCACAUUUUAAAAAUAAAGGCUUUUUUAAUCU